AUUCUAUCCAUGGCAUCUCCGGUUCUUCGAGACAUGCUCACUGAGCUGACGCACGGAAAGGAUGCCACAUGCGGCGACUUGCACAGUGGCCGUUCAAGACUGGAAUUUCCAGAGCACAGCGGCACGCUAUGCGUGCUGCUCAGAUUGUGCUACCUAACGGAAGAUGUAGACAUCACCAUCGACUAUUCCCUCAUCACUCCAGUCAUACAAGCCGCUACAAAAUAUCAGAUGGACAGGGUCUUAGACCUCAUGCAACGGAUCCUCAAACGCAUGUCCAGUUCAGAUACAUUACGCACCUUUCUUGCGAUCUCUCAGUCAAGUAUAGACAGUUUGAUAGUACGCUCCCUCGACACCGCCCGUCCCGACAUCGCCGAGGAAUAUGUGGCGGAAUUGGAGACCACCUCAGCCGACCCCUAUUACCGCAUGCUGAAGUGGCGUGAGCUCAGUAGCGACGCCUACGCGAAAGUAAGCAAAGAAACAGGGCUGAAUGCUUACUGGGACAAGUCCUCCAAGGACGACAAUCCUAUUGUCGACUUUGACCCACGGUGCGGGUGCGGGAGGGAACCGACUGUCCAAACGACUCUCAAAUCUUGCCUGCGGGACGCCCGAAAACGUAUCAACUACCAUGCACGGGUCGAGCUGGAGGAACGGGCGAAGGCACCAGAAGCGGACCUGCCGCACCAGUACAAGAGCACGUUGGUUAGCUCUGUUCAGAAAGGGCGUCUGUGCGGAGAGUGCGAGCAGAUUGUGACGCGGUACCUGGAGUUGGACGACUAUGUACAGAACUGUUAUUCCGAUGCUGCAACCGGUGUA